AUGAACCAUCUAUCCAUUGAGGAAUUAACACAGUUAAUUCCAUUUCUUGAAGAUAUUUUUACUGCAAAGAAUUAUUAUAUGGUUAGUAAGAAUACUCAAAAAUCAUUUGAUUUACAUGAAAAGAAUGUAGGAUAUUUGUUAACGGUUCAAAUACCAGAAGAAAUUAAAGUUCAAUUAAAUGAAGAAAAUGAAGAAGAGGUAAUAGAAAAAAGAUUUGGUCAAGAAUUAUCUUUAUUUAAGAAUAGAAAAAUUACAUUACUUACAAAAACAACAACGCAAUUAUUACCAACAAUUAUGACACCUAUUAUUCUUCCUCCUGUUACAUCAAAAAUAAUAAAUUUUUUUAUUAAAAAUAAUAUGAUAAAACCAAUACAAAGAGUAACUAUUAAAUAUACUUUGACUUGUGUUGAAGAUAGAAGUCAAAUAAUUUCAUUAGAUCCAUUUAAAGAAUUUGAUUAUUUACAUUUGAUAAUAUAUGAUAUAUAUAGAGUAGAAUUACAUAAAGUAAUUAGUAAACAAUUAAAAAUUAAAACUUUAGUAAUUACAUUUAAAAUGGCUGCUGAUAUUGAGCCAACAAUAUUUAACUCAUUUAAUGAAUUUCAUAUUGAUAAAAUGAUAAUUAUUUGUAAAAGAAAAGAAGAGAUCGAUAAAUUAAAUUUAAUAAAAAGUAUUAAAGCAAAUCCAAAUAUUCAAAUUUGUUGUAGGUUUUGGUACAAAGCAAUUGACCCAAAAAUGGUCAUUGUUUGGAAACCAAAUCUACUUUAUAUGACUGAAGAUGGAGUUCUUGAAGCUGAUAUACUCACUAAGUAUUCUCCUUGGAAUAUUAAAUUUGUUGAAUUACCACCAGACGAAAAUGAAGAUAGUUUUCAAAACUAA